ACUGAUUUUCUUACCGCAGUUGGAGGGCGGAAUCCGCGAUUCGAUCCGUUCGCGCGGAUCUCCGGAGUGGUGAAUUUCGCUGGAUUUUGCUUAUCCUCUCGGGAUAUCGGGUUACUUGACAGUGAGAUACUGUUCGUUCCUGACGGAAUAUUAUGUGGUACAGGCGUCUCUUCGAGGCGACGUUCGGCACGGCGUUAUCGCAAUCGGCGGUUCUCUAAUCUUCAGUAUUGACAAGCACCGAACACACGUUGAGAAAGUCCGAAAGUUGCCGAGGUUCUUUCCUGUUUCUUCUGAAGGAAUAUCGUUUAAAAAGGAUCUCGAGCGAUUCUUCGUUCAUCUUGCGAAUAAUGUUGUCGCCCGUGAUAGUGGAUUUUGACGUGUCGAAACGGCGGAUUUUGCUGCUCCUGUUUGUGCUGAGUCAAGUUGGUCACGGCCAUGAGGAAGAUGUGCACACUCUUCAGUAUACUCACGACAACUUCUCCGAAGAAAUUGGCAAAAGAAAUCACUUUGUCAUGUUCUAUGCACCAUGGUGCGGUCAUUGCCAAAGACUUAGUCCUACAUGGGAGCAAUUGGCAGAGAUAUCAAAUGAAGAGGACAGCAAUAUAAGAAUUGUUAAGGUGGAUUGCACAACCGAGAGUGGUUUGUGUAGUGAACAAGAUGUUACUGGCUAUCCUACGUUGAAAUUUUAUAAGGCUGGAGAAACCAAAGGUGUCAAGUUCAGAGGUACUCGAGAUUUACCUACAUUGACUUCUUUUAUUAAUGAUCAGCUGGGCAGUUCUAUGGCUCAAGACACUGCACCGUCUCCUCCAGAAGCGGUGAAUGGAUUAUUGGAAUUAACAGAAGACACAUUUGAGAAACAUGUAUCUUCAGGACAUCAUUUUGUCAAAUUUUACGCGCCCUGGUGUGGUCAUUGCCAGAAAUUAGCUCCAACAUGGGAUGAAUUAGCCAACAGUCUUCGCAACGAUGACACAGUCAGUAUUUCCAAGAUCGACUGUACCCAACAUCGUAGUAUCUGUGGCCAGUUUGAUAUUAAGGGAUAUCCCACGUUGUUGUGGAUUGAUGAUGGAAAGAAGAUAGAUAAAUAUACCGGGCAACGUACUCAUGAAGAAUUAAAGGCUUAUGUAUCGCUGAUGCUGGGUAAGAAUGCCGAUGAAUCAAGUCAGAAGAGCGAGAGCACUGAUGGAGUUCCGCAAACUAUAUUGAGUCUAACGGCUGACAGUUUCAAGCAAGGUAUCGAGAAAGGUCUUUCGUUCGUCAAAUUUUUUGCGCCAUGGUGUGGACAUUGCAAACGCCUAGCACCUACGUGGGAGGAGCUAGGAAAGAAAUUCUUCGGCAAUGAAAAUGUGAAUAUUAUUAAGGUCGAUUGUACACUCGACGUGAGCAAACAACUGUGCAAUGAACAGGAGGUGGAUGGUUUUCCAACGUUAUACUUGUAUCGUAACGGACGCAAAGUCUCCGAGUAUAACGGUUCACGUAAUCUCGAGGAUAUGUACGAUUUUGUGAUGAAUCAUUUGAAAACACAUGACGAAUUAUAAUUCUGUUGCGAUUGAAGCAUUAAAAUAGGUCUCAUAAUAUAUUUCCAAUAGUACUUUAAAUAAUUAACUUAAUUAUAUGUGUAUCUAUGCGAAUGACGUAUCAAGUUUUUAUCAAGUGAAAAUAGAAAUGAGAGUUUUUCAUUUUUAUACCCUAUACAUCGAGAAAAAGAAAAAUAAUAUGCUAUAUAUAUAUAUAAUAUACCAGAAUGUAAUCCCGUGUCAAAGGAAAAUGUACUUCCAAAAUAUAUCUAUUUAUUGUCUUAUUCC